UGAAGCGGCACCGUCUUCCCUCGCUUCAGUUUGGGUUAAGUCCGCGUCCACUCCCUAGGAAAUGAAGGCGUGUAACGGUUUGAUUCUGGCCGUGUGACACUGGGAUGCUGGAGGGCUUGUGAACCUCUGGGCUGCUUAGCCAUGUUCCCUUCAGCUACGGCGAAAUCUAACGGAGGCUGCUUUCAAUUCGCCCGCCUCUCUCGUUAGCACACAGAAAGUGCAGUCCGCAUGAGAGAGGCUCCUCCGCUGCAUUUCAGACGGGGUUUCGACAUUCCUUGACGGUCGAGAAGCAGCCGCACCAGCCGCCGCCGCAGGGUGCAGAACCCACGAGCUUCGGCCGCUUGACAGGUGCCGUCACUCGGCUGUGCUUGGAGAGAUGCCGCCCGUCCAGAGAACAAUGUCCGAUCUUCGCACUCGAGCGGAGGGAUAUGAAAAGACAGAGGACACACCAGAGAAGACGUCACUGGCUGACCAAGAAGAUGCCCGGCUUAUAUACCUCAAUCAGCCGCAGUUCACAAAGUUUUGCAACAAUCGUGUCAGCACGGCCAAAUAUAACGUUCUCACCUUUCUCCCUCGGUUCCUCUACUCGCAGUUCAGGAGGGCAGCCAACGCCUUCUUUCUCUUCAUUGCACUCCUGCAGCAAAUCCCAGAUGUGUCCCCCACUGGUCGCUGGACCACCCUGGUGCCGCUGAUCUUUAUUCUGGUUGUCGCUGCUGUCAAGGAAAUAAUUGAAGAUCUGAAACGCCACAAAGCUGACAAUGUUGUCAACAAAAAGGAAUGUCAAGUCUUAAGGAACGGGGCCUGGGAGAUCGUGCACUGGGAGAAGGUGGCUGUUGGGGAAGUAGUCAGAGCUGCAAAUGGAGAUCAUCUCCCGGCUGACCUCGUCAUUCUGUCGUCCAGUGAACCACAGGGUAUGUGCUACAUUGAAACAUCUAAUUUGGAUGGAGAAACAAACCUUAAAAUCAGACAGGGUCUCCAAGUGACUGCAGACAUAAAGGACAUUGACAACCUGAUGCGGCUGUCGGGGCGGAUGGAAUGUGAAAGCCCAAACCGGCACCUGUAUGAGUUUGUUGGAAACAUCCGCUUGGUUGGACACAGCACCGUUCCUCUGGGUCCAGACCAGAUCUUACUGAGAGGAGCCCAGCUGAGGAACACACAGUGGAUCCAUGGAGUGGUUGUCUAUACGGGACACGACACCAAACUCAUGCAGAAUUCCACCCGGCCUCCUCUGAAGCUCUCCAAUGUGGAGCGGAUCACCAACUUUCAGAUCCUCGUGCUUUUCGGCUGUCUCCUGGCGAUCUCUCUCAUCUGCUCCAUCGGCCAAACCAUCUGGAAGUACCAGUACGGCGAUGACGCCUGGUACAUGGAUCUCAACUCUCCAGAUGGUGGGGCUGCCAACUUUGGCCUCAACUUCCUGACCUUCAUUAUCCUUUUCAACAACCUGAUACCAAUAAGUCUCCUGGUCACACUGGAGGUUAUCAAAUUCAUCCAAGCCUUUUUCAUCAACUGGGACACCGACAUGCUGUAUGAGGCCACAAACACACCGGCUAUGGCCCGCACGUCCAAUCUGAAUGAGGAACUAGGCCAGGUAAAAUACAUUUUCUCUGACAAGACAGGAACACUGACCUGUAAUGUGAUGCAGUUUAAGAAGUGCACCAUCGCCGGUGUGGCCUAUGGCAGCCAUGUCCCUGAAGCUGAGGAGGGUAGUUUUGCAGAAGAAGACUGGCACAGCACACACUCAUCAGAGGAGGCUGGAUUUAAUGACCAGAGCUUACUGGAAAACCUCCAAAACAAUCACCCUACAGCUGCUGUUAUUCUGGAGUUCAUGACCAUGAUGGCCAUCUGUCACACUGCAGUCCCUGAGCGCGUGGAGGGAAAAAUCAUCUACCAAGCCGCUUCUCCAGAUGAAGGCGCUCUGGUGAGAGCCGCUCGAAACCUCGGCUUUGUGUUUUCUGGACGAACCCCUGACAGCGUGAUUGUGGAAAUGCCUGGAAGCGAAGAAAAGUAUGAACUGCUUCAUGUGCUGGAGUUUACAAGCACAAGGAAGAGGAUGUCUGUCAUCAUGCGCACCCCAUCUGGCAAGAUUCGCCUCUACUGCAAAGGAGCUGACACUGUGAUCUACGACCGUCUGGCCGACAGCUCAAGGUACAAAGAGAUCACAUUAAAGCACCUGGAGCAGUUUGCCACUGAGGGCCUGCGCACUCUGUGCUUUGCUGUGGCAGACAUCAGCGAGUCGUCCUAUCAGCACUGGCAGGAGCUGCACCACCGAGCCUGCACCGCCAUCCAGAACAGAGCCCUGAAACUAGAGGAGAGCUAUGAGCUCAUAGAGAAGAACCUGCAGCUCCUGGGGGCCACAGCCAUAGAAGACAAGCUCCAAGAUAAAGUCCCUGAAACGAUUGAGACCUUAAUGAAGGCUGACAUUAAGAUCUGGAUCCUGACGGGGGACAAACAGGAAACAGCCAUCAACAUCGGACAUUCCUGCAAACUUCUUACAAAGAACAUGGGCAUGCUGGUGAUUAAUGAAGACAGUCUGAAUGCAACAAGGGAAAUACUUAGCCACCACUGUGGACUUCUGGGAGAUGCCAUCUACAAGGAAAAUGACUUUGCUCUCAUUAUUGAUGGAAAGACUCUUAAAUACGCUCUAACGUUCGGAGUGCGUCAGUACUUCCUGGAUCUGGCCUUGUCCUGUAAAGCAGUCAUUUGUUGCAGAGUUUCUCCUCUUCAGAAGUCGGAGGUGGUUGAAAUGGUGAAGAAACAAGUGAAGGUGAUCACAUUGGCCAUCGGGGACGGAGCCAACGAUGUAGGAAUGAUCCAGUCAGCUCACGUCGGAGUGGGAAUCUCUGGCAACGAAGGUUUGCAGGCAGCAAACUCUUCUGACUACUCUAUUGCUCAGUUCAAAUACUUGAAGAAUCUGCUGCUCGUCCAUGGAGCCUGGAAUUACAACCGUGUAGCCAAAUGCAUCCUGUACUGCUUCUACAAGAACAUUGUACUCUACAUUAUUGAGAUCUGGUUUGCAUUCGUCAAUGGCUUCUCUGGACAGAUUCUCUUUGAACGCUGGUGUAUUGGCUUGUAUAACGUGCUCUUUACUGCCUUGCCCCCUCUUACUUUGGGAAUAUUUGAGCGCUCCUGCAGGAAAGAAAAUAUGCUAAAAUACCCAGAGCUCUACAAAACCUCCCAGAAUGCAAUGGGCUUCAACACCAAGGUCUUCUGGGCCCAUUGUCUGAACGGCCUCUUCCACUCCGUCAUCCUCUUCUGGUUCCCCCUGAAAGCCUUCCAGCAUGAUACAGUGCUUGGGAGCGGAAAAACUCCAGACUAUCUCCUCUUAGGAAAUAUGGUCUACACAUUUGUCGUCAUCACAGUCUGUCUUAAAGCUGGUCUGGAAACUUCAUCCUGGACUAUGUUCAGUCACAUUGCCAUCUGGGGAAGCAUCGGCCUGUGGGUUGUGUUUUUCAUCAUCUACUCCUCCCUGUGGCCCAUCAUUACCCUGGCACCCGACAUGUCCGGACAGGCGAGAAUGAUGUUCAGCUCAGGGGUCUUCUGGAUGGGCCUGUUCUUCAUCCCGGUCACUUCGCUGAUCUUUGACGUAACCUACAAAGUUGUGAAGAAAGCGUGCUUCAAGACCCUGGUGGAUGAGGUGCAGGAGCUGGAGGCUUUAUCAAAGGACCCCGGAGCAGUAGUGCAAGGAAAGAGUUUGACGGAGAGGGCCCAGCUCCUGAAGAACGUCUUCAAGAAGAGCACAGUCGGUCUGUACCGCUCCGAGUCCAUGCAGCAGAACCUGCUCCACGGCUACGCCUUUUCUCAAGAUGAGAACGGAGUGGUGUCUCAGUCCGAGGUCAUCAGAGCGUACGACACCACCAAACAGAGAAGCAACUAGAGGUGCGCCGUCGUCCUUCUUGUUCCCGGUCGGACCGCCUGGAGCCAUUGCUGCUGUCUCUAUCGGGGUUAUUUAAUGGACAGAAAAGCGUUGGUGGGAGCGUAAACUUCCAGCACACAAAGGUAGCUACGGACAAAUAGAUGGACUGUGGAACAAUGAAAAGUCCAUGAAAAUCAUGGACGUAAAAAAAAAGACGACAAAAACACCAGGACGGAAACAAACCAUGUUCACUAUCAGCUGUGUUUGUGUGUCCAGCAGAAUUGAUGAGCACUGUGCGUUUUUUGGCAUUCUGUGGUCUGAAAUUCUUCACUGUUCGCGCUCAGUUUUGUCCAAGCGAACCUCUCCUUCCUGUUGAAUGACAGCUUUUUAGCACAGCCACAAAGCCUAAAAUCAUUCUAUUAAACCACUCCUAAUCACUGUUAGUACUGAGGUAAACACCACUGGAGAGGAGCUAGUUCAGAGGAAUCGAACUUGUGAAAGAUUGCCAAAGAGCAGUCGUGUAUACAAUCGUCCAAGUACUAGUGAAUUCGGACUAUUUUCUACCAAAUGCAGGUAAAUGUUCUCCAGACCACUUCAGAGCAAAUGUUUGUAAUGGUUUAGUUUGUUUUUGCACUUAAGUGAGCAUCUCUUGUGUGAUGCCUUACAUCUGCUCAUGCCUUCGUCCCUGUUUGUUCUUUUACCUCGCGUUAAUUUAGGUUUUUAGUUGCAGCUUUUAAACAUGUAGAUGCCGUGCCUGGUUAAUCCUUUUUAGAGCUUUAUUUUUUUUUUUCUUUUAGAGCUGACAGUAGUCCCGUUUCCUCUUGUUUUUAACAGCCAGAGCUCGGCUCUUGACCUAGAAUCGCAUUCCACACAUCACUCCUCUCUCAACAAUCACAGCGGUGCCUACCUGAAACUUUUCCCUCUGAGAAGAAAAAGAUUGCCAAGAAUAAUUUAGUGCUACUUGGAAGCUCUCUCCCUUUCUCUCUUUUUCACACACACACACCCGCACACCCCUGAAGACAACAGCACUGUCUGAACUCCAGAGUAUUGCACUCCUGCAGUGUUUAAAAGGCAAGCUCACAGUAGCGGUAGUGUUUCCCUAAAAAUGGAGAUUUUAUCCCUUCAAACAUAAGUGCCAUUAGCUUAAGGGAGAGAAAUAUUAGCCAGGAAACUCCAUGACGGUAUCAAAACCACUUUCUCUCUGUAGUUCUUUGUGAAUUUGUAUUUUUAUAUUGGAGAUCUAUGACUUUUGCAUUGAUUGGCUUUGUUAUGAAUUGUCUAUAGCUUUUCAUUUUUGGCAAGAUAGAAUAGAUCCGACGUGGAAACUGAGCUUUCUUAAAUGUCUCGUAACAAUUAAUAUGAAUAUUAUUAUUCCGGCUUGUUUUAUUUAUAUUUGACUGGUCAGUGUCUGUGUGAUUGCUUUUUUUCUCCCUAUGGGAGAUCAGAUUUCUGACUGUGUGUGUCACUUCAUAGCCUGCAUGUGCAUGUGCUGUAUGUGUGUGUGGAUGGACUGCAUGUGUGUGACUGGGAGUCCUGGUGUGUCUCUUUUAUUAUCUGCGUGUGUGGGGGAGGGUGUGUGUGUUGAUGCUCGCUCCAGUUGUCCGUCUGCACGACUUCAGGUAUAGUUCUAAUUUAUCUGUGUGUACUGCUGCAUGGCCCGUACAGGGGAGUGUGUGUGAUCAGGAUGAGGGGUGUGUGGGCGUGUAUGUGUAUGUGUUCAGCUUGCUUUUACACGAAGUGUUGCACAGUGCACUCAAUGUACCUUUCCAGUUCUUAAUAUCUGGUAUGAUAUAGUUUAUCAUUUCUAAAGAGUGUAUAUGUUUGUAACUUGUUUUACUUCAUACGAUGUACCUCUGCUCUACAGGAAUGUUUUCUUUUUGUGUUUUAAGUUUCAGAUACUUUUCUUGUUUUUUGUUCAUUAAUAGCAUUUAAAAAAAAAAGACUUAAUUGGUUGUCGGAAAUUUCCAAGCAGCUGAAUGUGAAUGUCGUCGCCGUCGUCGUGGGAGACUUGGACUGUCGCUUUUUCUUUUCUGCAGAGAACAUAAAACUUUGUCGUCUGUGAAUGUUGUGGGCUGCAUGAAUGGAUAACACAAACUGUUCUCCGACGUGUUAACUGUACUACUCUGAAUCUCUCUGGAGUGUUGAUCACUUUGCAAAAGUUGGAAAAAAUGCACCUUUUAACAAUUUCUUUUUAAUGUCUGAUUCUGUUCUCUUCUUUUGUUCAAUGAUUGUUCUGCAUGUUGGGACUGCAAACCUAAUAAGUGUUGUCUUUUACUGCCAUGAAGGACUACUGAAAUAAACUUUACAACCAGGAAGGAA